GCCUUAGUGUUUUUUUUUCUUAUCCGUUUGCUUGCUGACUUCCUACUGACAGAAGAAAGUGAACGUCUUUUUUCUCUUUUAUUUUACUUUUAUCUUAUUUUAUGUUAUUUGCUCUACAUUUGAACGAAUAGGCAUAAUUAAGUUUCCGAAUUUCUAACGUGAUUAUAAUUUCUCAUGUCUUGAGAGUGAAGGCAAGAAGACUGAGGGGGAGUUGAGAAAGACUUGUGGACGACAAUGUCAGAGGCAAAAGACGAGGCAGAAACCAGGUGGUGGAGGAGAGGCAGUACAGAGAGAGAGAACAGUGGUGAUAAGACACCAUCGACAGAAAGCUUGCCGAAAAGCCCUGGAAAACAACUGUAUUUGAAAAAUCUUCACAAAAAAGAGCGUUUACCUGUAGGUUCUGCCCCAGGAGCAACAGAUUCCAGAACAGAACUUGCUCAUCUGGAUGGCUCUAUCUACCAACAUCUUACAUGUCCCUCCUGUAAAAAUAUAUUUUCCCAGCCAUGUGUACUGCCAUGUAAUCACAGUUUAUGCAAGCACUGCCUGGGUGCCAUUAAGAAAAAGGCAUCCCGAGAUGAGAGCAACCUGCAAUUUGCCAUGUGUCCAGUCUGCAACCUGCUUCACAGAUGUGAGCACAAUGGCACAUUUAAUUUUCCGGAAAACCACCUUCUUAGAAAUAUUGUGAAAAGAUACUCUCAACAGUCUAAGACACGCAGCUCUAAAAAGAAGCAGGGCCUGGCAUUUGAGGAGUUUGUCAACUGUGAGCUAUGCCUCAAGGACAAGAACAUAUCUGAGAGAUAUUGUAAGACCUGCAUGCUCAAUUACUGCAAGAAAUGUCUGAAGAAACUUCACAGUAACCCUGCUUUCCAGUUUCACAUGCUGACAAAACCUGUCAACAAAGAGGAAGGUGAACUAGCAUGCUUCUACCACCCUGAAAAGGUCUUGACAUAUUAUUGCUUCACUGAUGGAGCAACCAUUUGUGAAGAGUGCAUGAAAGUCAACCACAUCAGCCAUGAAAGAGCAGAGAUCUCAGAGGCUUAUAUUAACAGAGUAAAAAGCCUAAAUGCAGCUCUUGAGCAAGCAGGGAGAAUUAAAGAUGCAUGUGAAGCUGACAUCACGGACGUAAAGCUUUUUACAUGCAGGCUUAAGUGUGAAGGUGUGGAGCUGCUUCGAAGGGUAACAGAAGGAUUUCUUAGCUUGCACAAAAAACUCACUGAAAAAGAGGAAGAGAUAACAGAGGUGAUCGAAAUGCUGUUGAUGAAAAGUCAAGAGGAGGCCGAUCAGUUCAUCAGCUACUCCUCUAAGCAUCUGUCUUUCCUGGAGGGCUUGGUUCAGUACUCACAAGAGGCACAGAAGGAAAGAAACAAAGCAGUGUUCCUGCAGGGCAUUGAUAACACUGUCUCAGAAAUCUACACAGUUUUAGAUGAGAUCUACCAGCCCAACAAGAGCUUAAAAGAAGAACCUCUUAAAAACCUAACAGUGGAUUUUGAAAGUGUCAUGGAUGGUUUGAGUGAUCUUUAUACUAAGUACCUCAUCUUUGAUAAAAACAUCAAGAAACCAAAUGUCCAAAGAACCUAUAGCGCAGCUCUGACUGCUCCUUCCAUCACAUCAAUAGGCGCUGCUGCAGAAGUAGUGGAGAAAGAGGAAUCCCAAAACUCAAUCCAGGACUGGCCUGAGGAAAACAAUAUGAGGGUGGUUUCCAGUGAUACUGGGGGUAACUCAAACAGUGAGGAAUUAGAGCUUUUACCAGCUGGGGACAGGUCUGAGGAUAAGCUACACCUGCCCAGACCACCAGUCAUUUACCAGCACAAUGUGAAAGGAGUCUCAGCUGAGAUCUUUUGGAUGGUGCCUCUUGGAGAACAGGUGGAUACUUUUGAUGUCAAGUUUCAAGAAAUAGUUUCUAUCCGUUCCACCAAUGUUCUGCCUCAAGAUCAAGGUGAAAUGGUCUUUGGCAUAAAGAUGUGCUCUUUCAGAGCAGGCCCUCUGAAACCCAAAGCCCAGUAUCUUUUCACUGUGCGAGCACUAAAUAAAUAUGGCCAUGGAAAAUGGAGCUGUCCUUACUGGGUUAUGACUGAAGAUGCUGAUGAAGAAUGACUGGACGGACUAGGGAAACUAACUUUAAAUUGUCCAAUAAGCAACCUGAGAAAAGACUGACAUUCAUCUCCAGACCUGCUUCAACUGUGCCAUUUUUUGUUGAUUGGAUUCAAGUAUUAAAAAUGGCUCUCGUAAUA